CAACGUCAUGCCUCAUCCUCACAAUCUCAUCAACCCGUCUCGAGCCAACCACCAGGACAAGCAAGCAGCAACCGAGCAGGACUCAUCGGAACUGGAGAUCUACCAACUCAAACCACCCGACUGGAGAUUACCCACCCAGCUUAACCGCCCCGAGCUCGGCUAUCCAGGCCUACAUCCCACACACCCUGGUCAACAUGAAGAUGCAAUCACGAAGUCGUUGGUCCAAUGGGGUUUCUCCGCUCAAAUGCUCGUCUCAACGGAAUCAUUCUCAGCACAUCAGAUGAUCUAUAAGAAAAUCACUGAUGAGGCCGCUUUCAACGUCUCCUCAUCCGCCCUUGCGGCCCUAAUCGAGGCCAGACGUAGGUAUUGUGCCAUUAACAGCUACGACACCGAAUCGACAAUCAAAGUGCCUGGACGAGUGACGUUAAACGAACAGAAACGGGAAAACUGGCUGCGCGAAUUGGCCGACAGCUCGGUGCCUCUGUUGAAACUCUCUAAAAACGUCCCCCAUGGGUUCAAGGGUGAAAAGCUGCUGGAGAUGUUGGUCAGUCGCAAGAUAGAUUCUUCGAGGGCAACCUGGUACAUUCGAUUGAUCGGAUUAAAUGAAAUCAAUGCGCAAAGAAAUAAGAACGAGCUCAGUCACAUCCGAUACACACUUUCGUUUACAUCUGAUGUGUGCCAGUUUCUUCAAAAGCAACUUGCCGAAGUCACCGUGCCCUUACAAACCAAUCUAUCCUCAUCUACUACGAGCUUGAUCACCACCAGUAGUCGCCUGGCUGCAAUGAAUGUGAGAAGUAAGCCGAGGUCGAGCACUCUCUCUGAUCCCGAGACACGUAAACAUUGGGUUGCCAAAUGGAAUCAAAGUCGCAUGCUCUUAAAACGAUUGUAUUUCGAGUCUUUGCUCGAUCAACCCACGUUUUUUAAAUGGCUGAUCGAUCAGUUGAGACUCGCCAACCUCGCCCAAAUUAACUUCUUGCUCGAAAUCCAUCAUUCGGUGCUCGAUCGCUUCAACUUAUCUUCCAACUUAGUCAGAGGCUUUGUUGAAGCUUGUUUGUUUCAGAUCCGCUUCUUGGAGCGUAGGCUCAAGCUGGCUGUUCAGAGUGCCUUCAUCUUUUGCCCCGAUAAUUUCGUUUGGCCUGACAUAUGGAUUUCCAAUAAAGUUUUACUGGAAGAGAUUAUAUUGGCGAACUUUCCACGAAGUACAGAUGACAUCAGCUCUCUGAAGCACAAUUCUCAGACAAACCAACUCCGGGAAAUCUUGAAAGGUGAUUUUUAUGCCGUCAAUUGGAGAGUAAAUGAGUUGAUUGGUGAUGUGGGCGUUGGCACUGGGAUUGUUGGAAAUAUUUUUAGGCGACGUGUGCAGUUAGUCGAGAUCCUAGAUAGCUAUACAGAUUACAACGAUUGCUCGAAGCUUUAUUAUAAGUAUUUCCUCAACCCGUCGGUGGCAGGCCAUAUUCCGGUGUCAUUCAAAGACAAGCUGGAAGUGUUGCUCUCCUGGGCAACGACCCCCUUACGGACCUCUGACAAAAGAGUUCACUUGGUCGCCAGUACGCUCUCAUAUGUUAAACACGAUUACAAGAAGAAUGGAGACGAGUUUCAAAACAUCCUCGUUGGCUGGUUGGAGCAGAUCGAAAGUAUCGAAGGGGGCGACUUGUUGGUCCGACUGUUCUCCGAACUUUCUCGCCGGAAUAUCUUCUCCUAUGGCGCUUAUGUUCAACGAAUGGUAGCCAAAGGUGAAACUGAAUGUGACAUCGUCGCAGGAAAGGCAAGUGGUUUGCAGGCUUUGCUGAGCGAAUGGAUGCCAUUGGCGUCAUCCAAGUCAUCCAGAGAGCGAAGCAGUUCCAUCAAACGCUCACCCGGUCGUGACUCCGCGCGAAAUGGACUGAUGGCUAUCAUCGCUGAUUUUAAUUCCGCUAUAGCUUCUGCAGAUUACGGAAGAUUCACCUCACUCCUCAAACGCCGACUUGAUGUUCGACAAGCAACUUCAGCUAAUAGAAAGUUACUCGCCGAAAUAUUACCUAACGCCCUCGUCCACCUUGUCAGUGAACUAACAUUUCCGAGUGUUUCGGGAUCAGGUUUUCUAGUCAGCAAAACUGCCAAUCACCCCCAGAUGGCAUCUGCCCUACUCACCUGGGGAAUCCAACUUCUUGAAGCCUGCCAGGCACAUGCUACACUCUUUGAGAUUAUGCAGAGAAUCGUUCAAAUCGAUUUGGGUCGAUUGGAAGCUCUGCGGAGCGACGAGAGAGCACGCGCUGACCUCAGUCCCUCGUUUCAAUCCACCCUGCAUUACCUUCAAGUUAUCUGCAUGACGGCCUCUAAUAACAAGGAGAUUCUGGAGAUCAACGGACAACUGGCCGAUUUCAUAUCCCGAUUGUUUGCUAUUUAUGUUCACUUUCGACGCUUGAUUGGGGGGACAUUUCCGGUUCUCCGUGGGUUCGUCCGAUGUCUAAGAAACCUUGUAAUUGAAAGUAAUGCGGUGGAUAGCCAAAUUUUGGAAGUUCUAGACAAGGAAUACCAUCCUAUCUUUGAUGAGAUGAUGACGGGACCUUCUACUGGGGAGACGUUACCCUCUCGUACCCGAGAGAUUUUACAAUUGAUUCAAUGUCCUUCAGCAGCACAGGUUUCGCAGUUAGUACUCAAAUAUUGGGAAGAAUAUCGAUCGGACAUGGAUUGGGGAGCAGUGCUGUGGAACUCAUUGAUAGCUGCAAUCAAGAUCCAUUCCCAGGAAGAAUUCGAUGAACCCCUCUUGAAAAACAUCGGUGAAGGCGUCCAGAAUCCGUACGAAAAUUGGGCCCACUUUCGGGAGAUAAUCAUGCAGUUUUGUGAAGAUCUCGACGUGCUCUAUGAAGAGGGAUUAAUUGGUUGUCUCAUCAGAGCUGGAUAUGUCAACUAUCCUCAUCCAGACGAUGAAGCACUAUUUUCCCAACCAGUUCCUACCUCUGAUGUCAAAAUGACAUCUGAGGAGGAGGAAGGCGAAGAGAGUGAAGAGAUAGUGAUGGGGGGCCCAAGCCUGAAAUCUCUCUUCUUUCACAAUCAGCGGUCUCUCUGUCGAAACAUUCGUCUUUUACUCGUUGAGCUCAUGUCUUGUGGUCUGAUCAGCAUCGAAGUCGGCCUCGAAGAAUAUGUGAUACGUCCCCUGGCUGAUGACGUACCCCAGCUGUUGGUGAACCUAUGCGGAGAUAAUAGUUCUGAUACUCAACGUGCAUCUCAUACGACUCAAGCAGAGGAAGCAUUACGUCAAGUCAAAGAGAUCUAUGAACUCGUCAACGAAGCCCUUUGCGAGCAGCAGGUAGAUCGACGUGCUUUUGUUUCACAAUCUCCAGGCAAAGAAUCCGUGGUGAUGAUGACCCCGUCACACUCUCGCUCGGACGGUCACUCGAGUUUCACAAACCAAGGUACCCCCGAAGUUUCAUUCAAAUCGAAAGAUGUAGAACACGCGAUUGAGGAAUACGUUAGAGCUUGGAAAUUGCACGUCGAACGGAAGCUCUGGUUCGAGCAGAGUGAUGAGGGAUCGGCAUUUUGCAGUCGUCUGCUAUUAUCCUUACUGAUUUCGAUCAAAACCGUUUCGGAACUUUCCUUCGAUCCUGAUGGCCAAGAAAACCCCAGCAGUCAACAACAAGAGUCGUUCGAGCAGCUGAUCACCAAAAUCCUGGAUGUCUUUGAAAGUCUGCGUGGUACUGUUUGUCGAGGCUCGAGCCUCCUUCGACGUCAGAUUCCUGCUCAGUCUGCCGUGUUCUUGAAUCCGAUCUUGGAAUUUGUUAAACAGAAUGAUUUGGGUACCAUCUUUCACACAAAGUUAAUUCAUUCGAUCGAUGAGCUGUUACCCUAUUCCCAGCCCAUUGACCUUGUCAAUCAGAAGUAUCCUUACUUAGAAUCCAUCUUCAAAGCAACUUGUAUUUUUAAUCACGCGGCUCGUACCAGACAAUUUCAAUUGCACAUACGUCUUCUGAUGUCAAGUAAUCCUCCUCAGAUGUCAGCCAGCAAAGAAGCAUCAGUCGAUCUGGCCAGUACUCUAGGAUCACUUGUAGAAGUGAUGGCUAAGCGACUGCAUUUAACCGACUCGAAAGAUGCUUCACCCUUCUUUUUAGAAUGUCUUCCGGCACAGGUGGCUGAAGCUUUGAUCAUCAAAUUAUCGUUGUAUUUGGGCAUGUCAAUUUGUAAACUACUCGGACCCAAUCCCAGCGACUCGGCGCUCGAGGUUCUUCGGAUCCACCACAUCUCCAGAUGUAUUACCACCCUGACCAAUCAGCUCACUAUCCGAACAUACCAAUCCAACGACGAUAUAACAAGUAAGGUGGUCGGCGGUUCUGGACCACUCGGCUGCAAUGCGACGGUUGAAUCUUACAUGUCCUAUUGGCAGCAGUUGAAAUCGGGACUGUCACUUCUCAACAACCGGCUCACUACUUCUGACCCAACCACGCUGAGCCCCAAGCGCCUGGAAUAUCGGAUCAUCCGCGCUCUCUUACACUCCAUCCAGGUCAUCCUUUGGUCAUUGCCCGGACUGACCCAGCAUCUAGGAGCCCUCAAACAGAUGAUUGCUGAGAUUUGGAUCGAAAUUGCACUGCGGGUCCAAGGUGACUCUGCCUUACAGAAUCAGAUUAUGGACACUAUCAGUGUCCUACUUUUUCCUACAGUCCCGGAUGAUUCCUGCCUAACAGCAACAGUAGGGAUACUUCGGAAACGAUUUCGUUGGCUAUAUCUGCCGAUUCUCAACUUGGAUGAUGGGUCCAACUUAGUCCCAAGCAAUCGACUGAAAUAUCUUCUUGGCUCUUCUCUCCGUGGCUCCAGUACGCUCUUUCAAGAGCGACUUGCAGAUGGAGCAGUGAAAUUUGUGGAGGAGAAACCGUGGGAAGAGUUGGAGAAGAUGGAUCUCUCUGGGCCUGGGUUCAUCAGCAUCGAUGCUUUGAAGUGUCAGACGUUGAGCCAUAUCGAGCAGAUCCCUGAGCCGAAAAGAGUGGUGAGCAGACCGCCGAAAUCCAAGCGUGGAAACGGCGAUGGAGAAGAAACGAUGGCAGAGGACAUCGAACCCGGUGGUGAAAGAGGGUCUGAUCAGCAGAUGGCAGGCGCACAUGCCUUGGAAGAAGAAGAAGAAGAGAAUGAAGAAGAAGAAGAAAUCAUUCGAGGUGAACGUCACUGCUUUGAACACGAGCUGGCGACGGAUGGGCUAUCAACGAUGCCGCUUCAUUUCCUAAGAUCGCUCUUCCCACCCGCAAGUCGACUAACCGGGGGAGAUUGGCAAGUAACACAGGAGCAACAGAAGCUUCUCCAAACCCAUCAAGCCGAACAAACUCGCAUACAGCAACAACAACAGCAACAACAACAACAAGGCUCCUCGAUGGAAGUUCAGGCUGAGCCGGAGUCUGGUCGGACUAGGAAGCGCAAGGGCUUGGGACUCUCGCCCAUGCCCGUCGAUCUUGCCACCUCUUCGUCCUCCGGGCCCACCCUGCGCUCCGCUAGAAGCACUCGCAAGAAGAGCUCCGCCGCUGCCCCGGUCAAUCCCCCUCCGACUACUGCCUCUACCUCCAAACGUGCUAAGAAACGUUGACUUGCUUGGGUUCAUCAUCAUCCCUCAAUCCGUCCCCCUCGUCGUGUGUUUUUCGUUAUGUCGUAGUCUUGUAUCUCUCCUCGGCCCUCUUGCUCUAUUCUGUGUAUGUAUUGGUUGGCUUUCAUACUUCCUGCUCGCCCCGUCAAUUGGUUCAUGUUCUAGUUUAAUCUUGUAUUCAUUCACGACUUAUUGCACUAUACUUGCCAGUCAAUAAUAGCUCCAAUUCCUGCAUCCAUGUUGGAUGUCCUUAGCCGCCGCAGUACUUUUGAGUGCAUUCUUGAUCAACUCAGCGCAGCUGAAACAACUUCUUUGGAUCUUGUUUUUUUGUUUUUGCAUGUAUAUUUUGGGGAUCUGGAACUAUGGUUCUACGUGUGUGUGUGUGUUUUAGCUUUCUGGGGACAUAAGAAGGGGGAAUUGCUGAGUAAAAAAUCGAUGGGGAG